AUGGAAAUACCCGACUUGACCUCGCUGUCCCUCACCAGCGCCGCAGAACAGCGGGGCAGCCGUGGCCGUGGCCGUGGACAUGCGCACCGUGGCUUAGGGUUUUCGCGCGGACGUGGUGGUGCGCUCGCUGUGACUUCGCAAAACCGUGUUCCCUUUGACUAUAAUGCGAAGCGCCCUAAAGUUCCGAUCCCAGAAGCAAUAGAGGAGCAGGACAUGGAGGAAGACGAGGGAAGUGGCGUGUAUGCUCAUCUGGACAACGCAUUGAGUCCUCCAGAGAGCGACGAAUCGAGUUCGGAGGAUGAAGAGGAUGUGACCAUUGAGCCACACAAGAAGGAUGCCAAGAGUAUACCCCACAGGCGCAAGCUGGAAGGAUUGGUCCUCAACGAAUACCAAUACGUGGUCGAACGGAAAGCAUACGAUUUUAAAGCGAUGUUGCAUCAUGUCAAUCCACUUCGACGACCGAUUCUUUUCGUCAAGUCGUCGGGCGUCUACGACAAAGAAUCGAUACAGCCGCGAGAACCGACAGAAACGCCACCACCAUCCAUCGCACCCACGACGAUGGAAAGAAAAGGCAAGGAGCCUGUCAAGGGAGUUCCAGCGCCUGCGCAAGACGAGGCUCGCAAGACAUUGACAAGGAACAAGAAAAAGAAGGAUAAAGUACCUACCCAGGCUACUGUACCUAUGCCAGACGGUACUGAUGACUUUUUGUCGUUCCGUAUGGCCGAUCAAAUCCUGACAAAGGGACCGCGACAUAAGCCGUUGAAUGAGCAGGAAGCGAUUCUGGCUGAUUGGAUGGAGAAUGCUAUGCUGGAAGAGGAAGAGUCCAUGACGCCAGAGAGUGAGGUGGACGAUGCGCUCUUUGAGCAAAUUUUGACCGGGACCUUCACGCGCGAGAGAAAUGGCGGUAUAUCAGACUACGGCCGUGUCUCGAAGAAAAAGACACGACAGCCACCGGCAUUCCAAGACUCCCUCUGGGCAGAGGAGCUGCAAAGCCAAUGGGAGAAGGAUCGUGCGUCCAAGGCGGAGAAGAAGAAGAAACGUGCCGAGGCGCGUAUGGCCGCGGCCUACGAUCCGUUCCCCAACACACAUGGCCAUGUAUCGUCGAAGAAGAAGAGCAAGUCGCAGAAGAAGCAGGAGAAUCGACAGCGCCGUGCACAGCUACGUAUGAUGGCGAACGACGAGGAAGGUGGUAUGGACGCCUUCUCGGCGCCCGCCUCGUUCGCGCAUAUUCGUGAGAUGAUCGAGAGCUUUUUGCAGGACGAGGGACGUACGACGCUGACGCUACCUGCGAUGAAAAAGCACGAUCGUGCGAUGGUGCAUAAUAUGGCGGACGCCUACCAAAUCAAGUCGAAGAGCCGUGGGAAGGGCAAAGAGCGUUUCCCGAUACUGUACAAGACCUCGCGAUCGGGGCAAAAUGUGGAUCAUGCGCGAGUAACGCGGCUUGUACGUACGCCGUUUGGAUCGGUCGACGAUGAGGCCUUUGAGCAUCGUGGCCUCGGCCGCGGUGGGCGGGUCCGUGUUGAGCUGGCCCCUCGGCACCGUGAAGGCUCGCAGGUGGGUGGAGGUGCCAAGCACAUUAGUGAGGACAACAUUGGACACCAACUCCUACGAUCUAUGGGAUGGUCGAUGGGCCAAGGAUUGGGUCAUUCCGGCGGUCGUGCUGAGCCGGUCCUUGCGACGGUCAAGAUGACGCGCAGUGGUCUAGGUAUGUAA